ACACACACACACACACACACACACACACAGACACAGACACACACACACACACACACAGCCAUGCCUGGGGCGAAGAAGAAGGCGUUCAAGCACAAGCAACGCCACAAGAAGAAGCAACAGCAGCGCCAACAAAGACAGCAGCAACAGCAGCAAAAACAACAACAGCACAAGGAUCCACAACAACAAGCAGCACAACAUCAACCUGUUGACACUCUCCUCACACAGGCUGAAACCGCGUAUGCGGAGAUGCGCUUUGACGAGUGCAUGCAGCUGUGCGAUCAAGUGCUGUCGCAGUCUGCGGGGAACACGGCUGCGAUGGAGACAAAGGCGCUUGCGCUGCUGCAGCUGGAACAGCCGGAGCCCGCGCGCGCGCUGCUCGAGGAGUGUGUGCGGCUAUCGCCAGAGGAAGGCGCCAGCAAGUACAUGUAUCUGGGCCAGAUGUCGUUUGGCGAGGAGGCCGCCGAGGCACUGCAGCACGGCAUCUCCAUCCUUGCUGCUGAGCAGGAGCAGAUGCGAGGCGUCGCCACCGACGAGGAAAUGCAGGAGCACAACGACGCUGUUGCCGCUGCAUUCUGCUCCCUCGCCGAAGUCUACCUCACGGACCUCUGCGAAACGGAGGGUGCGCAGGACGUGUGCAUGGAGCUGAUGAAGAAGGCCCUCGACUUUGACCCCAACAACGUGCAGGCCCUUCAGACGCUCGCCAGCAUACACAUUAGCUUGUCAGAGCCGGAGCAAGCGAGGGAGUACCUGUUUCGGUCCCUUGAUGAGUGGUGGAAGUUCAGGAAAGGCGCACAUGGCAUGGACGUGGCAGGUGAGGGCGAUGAUGAUGAUGAAGGUGAUGAUAAUGAUGAUGGUGACACCACUGGUGGAGCAACCGCAAUGGAUGAUGAUGACGACGACGAUAAUGGUGAAGAAGAUGAUGAUGUCAUCGGCGAUGAUGAUGAUGAUGAGAAGCAGCUUGACCCUGACGAGAUGGUGUAUGUACCGCCGUAUGAGGCGCGCAUCAACGCGGCCAAGAUGUUGAUUGAGCUUGGCGAGCUCGACCUGGCCCUGGAGCUUCUGGACCUCCUCAUCGCAGAGGAUGACGAAAUCAUGCAGGUGUGGUACCUGCAAGGGUGGACGCUGCACCUGAAGGGCGACACGGAGUCGUCGCGGGAAUCGCUGGAGCGGGCAAAACAGGUGUACGUUGCGUCGCAGGCAGACCGCCCCGAGGUCUUGCAGCACAUUGACGAGCUGCUGGCUGAACAGCAACAGCAACAACAACAGCAGGAACAGCAGGAGGAGGAGGAGGACCAGGAUGGCGAUGUUGCCAUGGCGUGAGCAGUGCUGGCAAUGGGGUGGCUGGUAGUUGCUUGGUGUGUGUGUGUGUAUGUGUGUGCCUUGUGAUGAUGACAUAGCCCGACUUGGGUGACUGGUUUGUCUUUUGGGACGUUCGCAACUCUUGUGGUGUGUGGGUAUGAUUGGCUGACGAUAAACCUUCUUCUUCCCAA